AUGAAACAUAUCAAAAAAGUUGAUUUUAUCAAAUACUCUAGCAUAAAUAAGAAAUUUUAAGAUAUUUAUGAAUUCAGCAAGACUGAUAAACUUGGCUAAGGGUCUUAUGGAAUGGUUUAUCGAGCAAUUCAUCGAGCUACUGGGAUUGCCAGAGCAGUGAAGAUCAUCCACAAAGCAAGUGUAAAAUAGAAAGAAAGACUUACAAAUGAACUGAGAACAGUUGAAUUAUUAGAUCACCCGCAUGUGAUUAGAGUAUUCGAAACCUAUGAGGAUAAUGACUAUAUUUAUGUAGUAAUGGAAAUAUGUAAGGGUGGAGAUAUUUUUGACAAGGUCUUAGAAUUAGGAAACUUCGACGAACAAGGAGCAUUAUUAAUAUUCAUAUAAAUUAUUAGAUCAGUAGUCUACUAUUAAUCAUUAAAUAUUGUGCAUAGAGAUUUAAAGCCAGAAAACUUUCUAUUUCAGAAGAAUAACGAUCUUAAUACUCUUUAUAUUAUUGAUUUUGGUUUGGCGAGAAUAUUCUAACCAGGACUCUUGCAACAAUGGACUAAAGCAGGAACUGCUUAUUACGUGGCUCCAGAAGUUUUAGAGGGUACAUAUGAUAAUAAGUGCGAUUUAUGGUCAAUUGGUGUGAUUUUAUAUGUCUUAUUAUGUGGGUACCCUCCUUUUUAUGGUGAGACAGAGCAGGAGAUACUAUAUUCUAUUUAAAAAGGCAAAUAUGAUUUCGAUGGUCCAGAGUGGAGGAACGUGUCACUUCAAGUUAAGGAAUUGAUAAGUUAAUUGUUAAAGCCCUCUUAAUACCGAUUGGGAUUAGAAUAAAUUCUAAAGCAUGACUGGCUUUCUUAAUAUGUGCAACAAGGGGAAGUUAUACUAACAAAAGCAAACAUAGAGAGAUGGCAGACUUAUCAUUAAAUUAAAUAAAUUGGAUUGUUGUAUUUAGCAACAUAAUUGGAUCAGUGUGAGAUAAUUAAUAUCAAAAAUGGGUUUUUAUUUAUGAACAAAUCCUAAUCAGGAAUACUAACUAAAUAAGAGAUUGAGGAUUUGAUUAAGUAUAAAUAUUAAGAUUUGGAGUAUUAUUAAUUUAUUGCGAUUUGUUUAGAGCCAGAUGUGUAUAAAAUUGAAAAAUAUUUGAUGUUGAUGUUUUAAUUUCUCUCAUAAAAUGGUCGAAUAACUAAUGAGAGUUUAAAAGCCUUGGAUAUUAAUCUUGAGUGUAAUUUAGAUUUUAAGCUUUUCAUCAGUCUAUUUUGA